AUGUCCGCCGACACUGGUAACCGCGUUUUGUUUCUCGUCGCAACUCCCCUGAGGCAAAGUUUUGACUGGAUCCUGUGCAAAUUCCACGCCAUGACACCCUCCACCGCACCCCAAAUCACUUGGGACAGUCCUCUUGACACUCCUCUCUCUCUUCCAAAAAUUACAAACCACCUGUGCUUCGCGAGACAUUAUGCCGUGGGUGUAAUGGACCGGGGGCACUGGGAGGACCCAGACCUGACGCUUCUGGAGAAGUUCAGUCAGGCACACUUCUGGGAGCACCGUGGGCCGACCUGCGAUCCGAAUCUUGGGGGGACCCGGGAGGAACAGGACGUCCGCUCAAUCGAGGCUGUCGAGUUUCUGUGGUAA